CGGCCGGAUCGCAGUCGCAGUUGAAAUCCCGAGGAGAACCGAGCCCUCGUCGCCGCCGAGAACCGAAAUCGUAAUCCUGGACCAAGUAAACGGACGCCUCGGAGGAUCGUGCCGGGAUCUUCUGGCAUGUGAUCAGAAGCAUGCAGCAGAAGCCACUGAGAGAGUUGGGUUUGUGCCUCAAUACCGGGGGAUCGACAAGCAACGUUGUCGUUGCCGACAUCUGCAACGAGACGCGCGGUGGUCUUCCCCUUCUUCAGAUAUGGCCCAGCGACUCGCCCAGAGCCGAGGCCGACGAUCAGGCCCAAGCUUUUGUGUUCCCAGAUGUGCAGGAAAACGUCAACGACAGCGGCAUCGAAUCUAUUCAGGCAUCGCCGUCACCGUGCGGUGUCACCUGCAACAGCCCGGCGAUGACACCGCAGCAGUCGCGUCGCGCCAGUCUGCUGCAUCCGGACCACGCGCGACUGCAGCUUCCCUAUCUUCACCACAACCACCAUAACGCGGGAGGGCAGAAAAGUCCACCGUCGCCGGACAGGACGUCCGUGGACGAGGACCACGAGGAUCGGCCCGCGCCGCCCAGUCCCUCCAGCUCGACCACCAGCAGCCUGCGAUCAAUGCCGAGCUCGGCGAUCGUGUCGAUGCACUCGCAAGACAGGAGACGCAGCAGCAGAUACAGCAUGUUCGACGCUCUGGACUUAGAGUAUGCUCUAUUGAGGGCCGCGGCCCGCGGAUCCGUAGGCCCGUACUCCCUGUCCGAGUCCCUCCACAAGCUGACCUUCACCCAGAGCUUGGCUUUCCCCGCUUUGGCGCGUGGUCUCGCCGCCAAGCAGAGUAUGCCGAGCGGAAGAUCGCAGCAGCCCACCGAGAGCGGACUGAACGCCUUCGCCAAGGUGGUGACCGCGAUGGUACUGAUGCUGGUGAGCGUGCUGGUGUUUGGGGUCGUCUACAAGUUCGCCAAGACGUGAGGUUGGCUGCUGGCUCCAGGCCGUUAUCCCGGAUCGACGCAGGAUAACAAUCGUCUGGACGCCAGCGACACUUUUAGCGGCAAUGUUUGAUGAAGCCUGAGGGAAGAUCUAAAAGAUCAUUACGCAGAUCAUGAAGCAUCGAAGACUUUACAUGAUGCAGUGUUUAGGAUAAACACAUCGGAGAACUGUUCGCCAGUUUAUGAGAUAAACACUUGGAAGAUGAAUGAAACAGACAAUGAUAUGACUCAGUCGAUAUCAUCCUAGACUCACCCUAGAUGCCAGGGUGUAAAAAGAUUUUAUACGUCUUACUCUUUUUCUUUAUAACCAAUGUGUGUAUUAAAUAUAUUUAAUAUAAAGUUUCAGCAAUGGAGAUGACGCUGCCAUGCAUGCAGAGGAAACGCGAGAAGGAUAAUGAAAAUAGCGUGAUUGAUAAGGUAACGAGAAUCCGUAAAAUCGACAAAAAGUAUGUGAAUCAAAUAGUAUAUAUAUGGUGUGCGUGUAAUAAUUAUUAUACGUUUCGUGAUGAGUGUGAAUAAGUAAUAUCGGCAUCGACAAGGAGAUUUCGAUGAACGAAAAUGUAUGUCUGUUUGCUAGCAAAAUCUAGUCUACUUUUCGAAAGAGAUAAUUGUACGAGAAGAUCAAGAAAGAUUUAAUCAUUGAAAUCGCGCUCUCUCGAUCUAAAGUAUCUCAAUAUAACGAAUACGCAAACUUGUGCUUCGGUCUCUGUCGCCGAUGAGAACAGCGCUUCCGCGCUGAAUUGCUUUCCAUCGAUACUUCAAGUUACGGUAACUCGUUAAAGUAUUAUUCAACGAGUUGUGUCAAUAUCCUUCAACAAGUUUCGCUGCAUUCUAUUGAUAGGCGAUAACUGGGACGGCUCUCAGUCAAUAAUCCCGGAUCGCGACUCUGCGACGAUUGUGAGGACGAUUGAGCCAUUCGUGGAAUUGUCUGCUCUGCGCGAUAAGAUUCGAGGAGUGAGCUUUAUGCAAUCUGUCGAACACGCUGGAUGCUUCAACUGCGAUUACAUCGCGUUUCCAAUCCAGAUUCUUGCGCAAAAUUAUACGCCAUUAAACGAUCUCCGCAUUUUUUAAAUUACUCAAAUAUAACUUCGCGAAUUUUAAUGCGAAUUUCUCCUAAAAUGAUGAAAUAAUAUUUCCCCUUUAAUUUUCCAUGUAAAUUUAUUUUAAAACCAUUUAUUUGAAAUUGAUAAACUUUCGCGUUUUGGAUGAAAAUUUAUUUGGAUUUAAUUUAAAACAUUUUUAAUAAAAAAAAAAAAAAAAAAAAAUAUAUAACAAAUAUAAUUUGUCCAAAAAUAAAAAAACUUUUCACCCAUCUUGUCACAUAUCUUUACAAUAUUAUUAUAUUAUAUCUCUUAUUGUUAGUAAUUUAAUUGAUUAUUUCAUUUAACACUGGUUUCGGCGACUUUUUCCCAAUAAAAUUACAAUGUAAUUAUGUUGCUUUGCAGUGCCUUGUACGCGCGCAGAGUUGCCAUCUCAAAACGAACGCCGCAUGCGAGCACAUAAUCUCGUGAAUUUUUCGCGAAUUUUGUGACGGUCCAAGUGCUUUACAUAACUUCUCUCCGUGACAAUCUGCUGGGAAGCGCUCCUUUCCGGCGCAAUUAAAUUAUAUUAAGCGCGACUCGCGAGAUCGUCGAGGCUUCCGAUCGGAAACGAAUCACAGUUUCCGACAGCGGGAAAUUAAUAUAUGAAAGCUACAGGGCUUAUCGUCUAUGCUUUGUCUCAAACACGUCGCUGUUUAAAACAAAAUCGAAAUCUAAUAUCGCGCGCGACAUAAAAUAAUUUGCAUAGCAUAAACCGGCUGUUGAUCGACGUUGAGGCUUAUCGUGUGUUUUUAUAAAAUCUAGUAUCGAUCGUUACGUCAGUAAAUAAAAAUAAACUCGACUCGCUUGUUAUAUACUGUUUCCUCAUCAAAGAAUUUUCUAAGGGGUCCGAUCUUUAUUUUUGCUAGAUCCUAGGGUCGGUUUCGAUUUCGUUUUAAGUCCGCGUGUUAAUCGAAGUACGCUCAAAAGAAAACAUCUUUGAGCUUGUUUCGUACAGCCUAGUGUUGAUGGUUUUAUAUAUAAUAAAAUAUUAUAUACAUACAAAACAAUUAUACAUAUACAUACAUAUUGUACAUAUUUAUGAUCGUUACGGAGGCGUAUCUCUUUGUUAUUUCGAUGUUGUGGUCUGUGCGAAAAAGCAACGAAAUUUCUAAAGAUUUCGAGACGCGUCGUGGCAGAAGUGCCGCAUUCUAUCUUUUUUUAAUAUACUGUACAAUAUAUAUACAUACAUAUAUAUAUAUAUAUAUAUAUAUAUAUAUAUGUAAUGCUAACAUUGUUGUACUACGAUGCAUAAGGAAAGGAAUUUCUUCCCUUAUCUCCUUUGUGUGAUUAUGCGCGACGAAUUUAAAACGAAUCACACGGUAAUAUUUUCGCGAAUCAAUGUUAAAAUUGAUCUUUCACUUCACACCUCUCAAUUGUACAAAAUGUAUACUGUCGGUAAAUUUUCGCGAUCAAUUGAAGAAAUCGUGUCUCUCCCAGGAAUAGAAUUUGCAUUGAUGAGAAAUUUAAUUUUCAUUCUUUGCAAUUUCUGCGUUUUUUAAUCCGCGGUUCGAGUGGCGCGAAAAAAGAAAAAUAUAAUUCAACAAAAAAAUUCUACAAUAUUACAUUUUUAAAUAUUACUGGAAGAAAAAAAAAAUAAAAAACUGUUUCUUUCACCUAGCAGUCUUUUACGCGUUUAGUACUCGAAACAAGCGUAGAACUUUUCAAGAGUGAAAAAAAAAAGAGAAGGAGAGACGGAAGUAUGAAAAGGGAAGUUGAAAAGAAUUGACCUAAAUUACACUGCAGUGCCCAUUGUGAUCACGUCGCCGAUCCAUAGAACAAUAAUAAAGCUAAAUGGAAAUGAAAAUGGAAUUAUUUAUAUUUUUUAGAGCUCUCUCCCUCUCUCUCUCUCUCUCUCUCUCUCUGUAUUUGAAUAAAGACUGUAUAGUUAAUAAGAAAAAAAAAAAAAAAUUAAACAUAUGUGAAAUGUGUAAAUUACAUUGAUUACAUUAUGUGCAAAGUGGUAUUCGGGAAUUUUCGGCGGUUUUUAUUGUGGUACUUACAAUAUUCUGUUGAGAGACCUCUCGGAGACCAGAGUAUCCUCUUGAAAGUAUCAGCCAUGGAAAAUGGGUCGAUGCGAUGUAUAAUUGUUGCGCGUAGAAUUUUAGUCGUGCCAACAUACAAAUCCGUGAUCUCUCAUGUAUGAGAGCGUUUUGCCCGAUUCUCUCUGUAAUUCCCCUCUUGCCCCCGUCUACGCUAAAUAUAAUGCUUGUAAACGUUGUAACUACUACCACCACACGAUCGUUCCACUUCGCGAUAAAUUACUUUUUUUCCUUCGCAGUAAAACGCAAAAGAAGAAACAAUAAAAGGACUGGAAAAUUA